CCUUUUUAAAAAAAUUAUUAUGGCUGAAUAAGAAUCUGUAGCCACAGUUAAAUUUGCAAAUCAACCAAAAUUAUUCGGAAAAUGGGAUUAUGAUGAAGUACAAGUGACAGAUUAAUGCUUCAAAGAUUAUAUUGCAGUUCAAACAUCAAAAUCAAGAGUGUUUGUUCCCCCAUACUGCUGGAAGAUAUCAAAGAAAGAAGUUUAGAAAGGCUUAAUGCCCAAUUGUUGA